AUGGGAUUUAUGGGAAGAUGGGGCAACACUCAGCGCUUGCCCUGCCCAGGGAAUAUCAGUGGGGGUGAAACAGGUCCUGCAUACUCAGUGACUGGGAGCUUCAAACGUGGGUUGACUGUUUCUGGCCUAUUCAUCCUUGUAGCAUCGUGUUCCAUUUUAUUUAGCCUGUAUCCAGAUCAAGAAAAAUUCUGGCAGCUGUUGUCUGUGUCACCACUGGAAAGCUACUUAGUGAACCUCACUGGUGCUGUGGACUCCGCACUACUCCAGGUGGACCUGGCUGGGCCAUUGGUGGCUGGCCGGAUGAUCAGCUCUGAGACAGAAGAACACAUCGUGGUCAAGAUCACUCAAACAGAUGCUGUUGGCACCAGAUGGAGAAGACCACAGCAGAUCACUUAUAAUUGGACAGUAUUUUUAAAUCCAAGAAGAAAUGAGCACCUUGUAAUAAGCAGGACAUUUAAAAUACAGAGCAGAGACUCCAUUUUGAUCACCAUUGGAGCUUCCUUUCUGCAGAAUCAGGCAUUUCCUGUGUUGAUGACUUAUCAGUACCUCCAUGUAGAUGUGGAGACACAAGUAAUAAUCGCCGCAGCCAUACUAGCAGGGGUCUACAUGCUGAUUAUUUUUGAGAUCAUCCACAGAACCCUGGCUGCCAUGUUGGGUUCUCUCACAGCAUUAGCAGCACUGGCCAUGAUUGGUGAUAGGCCAAAAUUGAGUCAUGUGGUGGAGUGGAUUGAUUUUGAGACCUUGGCCCUCCUGUUUGGCAUGAUGAUCUUAGUAGCCAUAUUUUCAGAAACAGGAUUUUUUGACUAUUGUGCUGUGAAGGCUUAUCAGUUCUCCCGAGGAAGAGUGUGGCCCAUGAUCAUCAUGCUGUGUGUCAUUGCUGCUGUCCUUUCUGCCUUUUUAGACAAUGUCACCACUAUGCUACUCUUCACUCCUGUGACAAUAAGAUUAUGUGAGGUGCUCAACCUUGAUCCAAGGCAAGUCCUGAUUGCAGAAGUUAUCUUCACAAACAUUGGAGGAGCUGCAACAGCCAUUGGAGAUCCACCAAAUGUCAUUAUUGUUUCCAACCAGGACUUGAGGAAGAUGGGUCUGGAAUUUGCAGGGUUCACAGCACAUAUGUUUGUGGGUAUCUUCUUCAUUCUCCUGACCUCCUUCCCCUUCCUCCGUCUCUUGUAUUGGAACAAAAAGCUUUACAACAAGGAGCCCAGCGAGAUUGUGGAGCUGAAGCAUGAGAUUCAUGUGUGGCAUAUGACUGCACAACACAUUAACCCAGCCAGCCGCGAGGAGACUAUGAUUCGGAGUUUGCUCCUGGGAAAAGUACAGGCACUGGAACAGCUACUGGCUUGGAAGCUGCACACCUUCCAUACACAAAUUUCUCAAGAAGAUAAAAACUGGGAAAUUAACAUUCUGGAACUACAAAAGAAGCACAGAAUAUCAGACAGGACUCUGUUAGCCAAAUGCUUGAUUGUGCUGGGAGUAGUUAUCUUUACAUUCUUUCUCAAUUCAUUUGUUCCUGGCAUUCAUCUUGAUCUCGGAUGGAUUGCUAUUAUGGGUGCUCUCUGGUUGCUAAUUUUAGCUGAUAUCCAUGAUUUUGAGAUAAUUCUACAUAGAGUGGAAUGGGCAACACUUCUUUUCUUUGCAGCACUCUUCGUUCUGAUGGAGGCACUGGCACAUCUCCAUUUAAUAGAAUACAUUGGAGAACAGACUGCUUUGCUAAUUAAGAUGGUCCCUGAGGACCAGCGUCUUGCCGUGGCCAUAAUCCUUAUAGUUUGGGUCUCAGCCAUAGCCUCAUCUUUGAUUGACAACAUUCCAUUCACUGCCACCAUGAUUCCUGUGCUUCUGAAUUUGAGCCAAGACCCUGAAGUCAGCCUUCCUGUGCAGCCACUAAUGUAUUCACUAGCCCUUGGUGCUUGUUUAGGAGGUAAUGGGACUCUGAUUGGAGCAUCAGCAAAUGUAGUUUGUGCAGGAAUUGCUGAGCAGCAUGGAUAUGGAUUCUCCUUCAUGGAAUUUUUUAGACUGGGCUUCCCACUGAUGGUGGUCUCCUGCACAGUUGGGAUGUGCUAUCUCCUUGUUGCUCAUGUUGUGGUGGGGUGGAAUUAA